AUGAUGAAACCAGUGACCAAUGGCGGGGGAGAUCACUACCCUGAGAAGCGCCGGUGUGGAUGUUGCGGCAGCCGCAAAAGAUGUUGCGUCGUGGUGUCGGCGACGGUCCUCAUUACCGUGGUAUUGGUCAUCCUCAUCGUGGCCUUCACCGUCUACAAGAUCAAAGAGCCAACAACCGUAAUCGUUUCAUCCACGGUGGAGGGCGUGACGCCGCGGGUGGUAUUGGUGCCGCAGUUGAAGGUGGAGCUAAACAUCACCCUGGAGCUGGGCUUCCUUAUCCACAACCCAAACCACGCUAGCUUCCAGCACGGCCCUAUCACCGCACUUAUCUUCUACCGCGGCACCCUUCAGGUGGCUGAGGCCGAACUCUCCUCUGGGCGCAUCCCACCCGCUGGCUCCGUGACCCUUCCCUGCUGGGUCACCGUCCAGGCUGACCGCUUUGCCUCCGAGAUGAAACAGCUGGCCAGCGACGUCUUGGCGGGAGAGAUUCAAAUGGAGAGCAGGGCCUCUGUCCCCGGUAAGGUCAAGUUCCUCAUCUUCCACAAACACGUGGUGGCCGUUUCAGAUUGUCUGAUAACCAUUGGUGUGAGCGAUCUCAAAGUCCGAAGCCAGGACUGCCAUAAUAAGAUUAAGUUGUAA